ACAGACUUGGUCUGUUUUUCCAUUGAAUUAACCCUAUAAAUGGAACAAUAAUCUCCAUUUGUUCCAACAUAAUCGGAUAUUCGAUCACUUGUCCUCAAUACCUUGUCGAAUUCACCUUCUCCACCCAUUAACCUUUUUUCAUUCUCCGCGUGUAAUCUCUACCUCUGACAAGUACAAGAAGGUGAACAAAACACAAUAAUUUUUGAGAGUUUCAUUCCAUCUCUCUCUCUCUCUCUCUCCUCCCCGGGAUUCUUCAAUGAGCUAUCGACUUUGAAAUCAAAGAAUUUAACUGGAAAAAUGGCAUUUAGUGGGACCUUGCAGAAAUGCAAGGGUUGUGAUAAAGUUGUUCAUUUCAUUGAGAUGUUGAAAGCUGAUGGAAUUCCUUAUCACAAGGCUUGCUUCAAAUGCAGUCACUGCCAUAGUGUUCUUGCGAUGAGUAGCUACUCAACCAUAGAUGGAGAUUUGUACUGCAAACCACACUAUGAACAACUCUUUAAAGAGAAAAGCGGUCUCUCUAAGAAACCUCAAUCUUCUGGGGCACAAAAUGAAAAACUGAAUAGGAUCCCUAGCAAAAACUCCUCUUUCUUCUCUGGCACCCAAGAAAAAUGCAGUGCAUGUAACAAAACCGUGUACCCCAUGGAAAAGGUGACUGUGGAGGGAGCAUUUUACCACAAGUUAUGCUUCAAGUGUGCUCAUGGAGGCUGCAAAUUGAACCCUUCAUCCUAUGCUGCUCUUGAUGGAUACAUCUAUUGCAAGCCUCACUUUGCUCAGUUGUUCAAAGAGAAGGGUAGUUAUAGCCAUCUCACCAAGACAGCUUCAGUCAAGAAAAUUGUGACACCAGGUGCACCGGCAGAUGAAUCCAACCCAGAAUUAGAACCCCAAACACCAAAUUCAGACCAGACACAAGAGCAGCAAUCAUAGAAUUCCAUACAUUGGUUCUCUUGUUUAUCUGAUAAAUGCUCUGUCAGCUGUGCUUUUUGAUCGGUCAAGGAUUCCCUCGCUUCAUCCGAAACCCACAUUAUGAGAGGGAACUGCAUGUUUCGUGUGGGUCUCAAAUUUGGUUUUGAUUUGUGAUGUUCAUUUUUUUUUUUUUUUUGGGUUGAAAUGCAAGAACUAUAGGAAAUAGAAGUUUUGAUCUUUUUACAAUGUUGUAAUAUGACC